AUGGCUGUGGCUGUUGGACUAACAGUGUGUGGGAAUCUGUUGGUGAUCAUCUCCAUCUCUCACUUCAGGCAGCUCCACACACCAACAAACCUGAUCCUGCUGUCCCUGGCUGUUGCAGACUUUCUAGUAGGAGCGUUUAUGUUACCUUUAACUGUGACAGCACUGAUAGAAAGCUGUUGGUACUUUGGGGACUUGCUAUGUUUUGUUUACUUGUUAUUUGCCUCUAUUCUUAUUUCAGUUUCUCUCAGUAAUCUGGUUUUAAUAGCCAUUGACCGUUAUUUUGCUGUAUGUGAACCUUUGCUUUACUCUACUAAAAUAACAGUAAAUUUGAUUCAAAUAUUGAUUCUACUCACCUGGUUCUUAUCACCAUCUUAUACAUUGGCUUUGGGUUAUUUUAAUGGAAAUUUUGAUAAUGCUGAUGCAUUAAAUGCUUGUCUUGGAGAGUGUUUAGUUAUAGUAAGUGAAUCUUGGGGAAUCAUUGAUAUAAUAAUUAAUUUUGUUUUUCCUUGCUCUACUAUAAUUACACUGUACAUAAAAAUAUUUACAGUUGCAAGAAGGCAUGCAAGAUUGAUCAAUGUUUUUACAGAGAAAAAUGUAGAAAAAUAUAAAAUGUCAAAACAAUCAGAAAGGAAAGCUGCAAAAACAUUAGGAAUUGUAGUUUUUUCCUUUCUUUUUUGCUGGGUGCCAUAUUACAUCUGGACACUCGUUGAAGGAAAUGUUAACGUAUCCAUAACAGCAUUUCAGUUUUCACCUAUUGUAAUAGUUUAUCUUAACUCUUGUAUCAAUCCAAUUAUUUAUGCCUUGUUUUAUCCUUGGUUUCAAAAGUCUGUCAAGCUCAUUUUAACAUUCAAAGUAUGUUACACAGAUUCGUCUUUCAUAAAUCUCUUUCCGAACAAUAUUUAA